AGCGGCCGGUCACACCGCCGCCACCCCGCAAACUCGGGAAAGAGACGGUGCAGGACGCGUUGGUGGAUGGCUCGACCGCGGACGGCGCGCUCGGCUUCAUCGAGGACAUCAAACAGUGGCUGAGCAAGCAGGAGCGGCGACAGGACAUCCCCGCCGACAGCUACACCCAGGCGCUGGCCAACAUGACGGUGACGGAGGACACGUGGACCAAGGUGACGCCGCAGCGCAUCUGCUCCAUGGCCUUCUGUCCGCUGCAGGACAAGCUGGUGGUGGCGGCCGGCGACAAGCGCGGUGUGCUCGGCCUGUGGGACGUGUCGCUGGCGGACGCGGGCGUCCACCAGCUGGCGGCGCACAACCGGCACAUCAACGGCCUCAGCUUCGCACCGCAUGAUGGCCAUCAGUGCUUCACCACCAGCUACGACGGCAUCACGCGCCGCCUCGACCUGCAGAAGAUGGAGCUGGAUCAGGUGUACGCGACGGCCGGCUCGGAGGACCUGUACCUGAUCCACCACGCGCACGUGGGGGCGGCCGGCCUGCUGAUCGGCCGCAGCGACGGCCAGCUGGUGCGUGUCGACCUGCGCUCCUCCGACAGCGUCCUGCACAGGGUCGGCUCCGGAGACGUGCGCUACAUCAGCGUGCACCCGAGCCGCGAGCACACGGUCGUCACCGUCGAGAGGCCCAGCACCAUCAGCCUGUGGGACAUGCGCCGGCUGAAGGGCGAGCGCAGCGCGCUGCAGCGGGUGGAGCUGCCGCGCGCCUGCAGCAGCGCCAGCAUCAGCCGGCGCGCCGGCGAUGCCCUGGUGGCGCUCAGCAGCGACGACACCAUCCGCCUGUACAGCGACCUCAACAGCGGCGACAUGCUUCCCACCAAGACGAUCCGACACAACAACCAUACCGGCCGGUGGCUGACCACGUUCAAGCCGACCUGGCUGCCGGACAGUGACGACCUGUUCCUGGUGGGCUCCAUGGACCGGCCCAGACGGAUGGAGGUAUACGACCGAGCCGGCCCGGUGUACCACUACCUGAUGGGGGAGGAGCUGCAGUCGGUGUGCUCCACCAUCGUGUGCCACCCCACCCAGCCGGCCAUAGCCGGCGGCAACUCGUCCGGACGCGUCUACGUGUUCCAGUGAGGGCCGCCUCAGCUGGUGCCGCGCGGCUGGGCUCCACGGACGCCUGACCCUUGGACCAGGUCCGCGCCUCGUCACCGGCUGGGGGUGCGGGCGCAUGUGUCAUCAAUCGGAGGCGUGCAGUAUGGCUCGCCGACUCGUGCGAGGCUUACCAUGACUCCAGUACCUGUAUGCUCACCGGUAAUCGAAAUUUCUCCAACGUUUGAUAGCCUUGAUACAACAUUGCGGUAGAAGCCUUCCGCACCACCGGAUGUAGUGGUUCAAUAGUUUUUACGAUGUUGUAGUUUAAUUAGU